GCCAAGAAUGGGGAGCGCGGAGAGCGCAGUCCCGCGAGGGGGGGGACCAGGAGCGAAUGCACCUUUGGAUAAACGGAGGGGAGGGAGUUAGCCUUCGUAAGAGACAGGGCCGGUGGCGCUUGCAGGUAGGGGACCGAGGCUCCAACGAUCAGAAGAACCUUCCCUGGCUGCUGAGAUCCGCCUCCUCUAGCGAACGAGAGGCAGCCCGGGCCUCAACGCGAGCUGACUCUGAAGGCCUUCUCUCUGAGACUAUGGCUUUAAGAAUGACGUUGGCGUGCGGCCUCUUUAAGGAAGCGGUCGGGGGCGUGCCCGGAAGUGAGUCCCGGUACCGCCCCGCUGGGAGCGGUCUCUUAAGCCUGGAGGCUCCGGGCUGACCUAUAGCCUGCGCCCCGGGAAACCCCACGCUGUAACCCAGCUUCCCCCGGCCUCCUUUCUCGACCCUUGGACCCCACCCUGAGCCCUCCCCUGCAUCCCUCUUUUCAGAACACCCGCCGCAAGCUUGCCCUCUCUCUAUAAACGCCCCUCUUCCAUAGCAGCCGAUGCCUCUCUCUCCCAGACCCUCUUCCCCACCUUGUCGGCAAUUUUCCAGCACCCUGGCCCUGAAUUUCUCCUCCUCCUGCCACUUCCUUCCAUUCCUCUCCCUUAGGCCCCAGCCUCUUCUUCUCUGGUAGGUCAUCUGCCUGUUCACUAGUCCUUCCCUAUAUCUUCUCUCACACCUGAGGCCUGUGGGGUGAGAGCAGGUUGUGAAGCUCACCCUGAAACGGAACUUCUUCAUACAAGGGAAAGGUGGUCAGGCCUCUAGGCCACGCCUCAUCUGUCAGUUGAGGGCUGUGGCCUGCAGAAAGCACAUUUGAGCUCACUGCUCUUGACUCCAGGAAAUCAGUUCUGGCUGUGCAGUGACCCAGCUCCUCUGCUACCAUGAACAGGGCCCCUCUGAAGCGCUCCAGGAUCCUGCACAUGGCACUGAUGGGGGCCCCUGACCCCUACAGCGAGCCGGAGGCCAGCCAGGAGAAGCCCUUUCUGCUUCGGGCACUGCAGAUUGCAUUGGUGGUCUCUCUCUACUGGGUCACCUCCAUCUCCAUGGUCUUUCUCAACAAGUACCUGCUGGACAGCUCCUCCCUGCAGCUGGACGCCCCCAUCUUCGUCACCUUUUACCAGUGCCUGGUGACCACACUCCUCUGCAAGGGUCUCAGCACACUGGCCGUCUGCUUUCCUGGUGCACUGGACUUCCCCACGCUGUACCUGGAUCUCAGGGUGGCCCGCAGUGUCCUGCCCCUCUCCGUGGUCUUUAUAAGCAUGAUCACCUUCAAUAACCUUUGCCUGAAGUAUGUGGGUGUGGCCUUCUACAACGUGGGCCGUUCACUCACUACGGUCUUCAAUGUGCUGCUCUCUUACCUGCUGCUCAAACAGACCACCUCCUUCUACGCCCUGCUCACCUGUGGUAUCAUCAUUGGUGGCUUCUGGCUUGGUGUGGAUCAGGAGGGGGCUGAGGGUACCCUGUCUUGGACCGGCACCCUCUUUGGCGUGCUAGCCAGCCUCUGUGUCUCACUCAACGCCAUCUACACCAAGAAAGUGCUCCCAGUGGUGGACGGCAGCAUCUGGCGCCUGACCUUCUACAACAAUGUGAUUGCAUGCGUUCUCUUCCUGCCCCUGCUUCUGCUGCUCGGGGAGCUGCGGACCCUCCGCCUCUUUGUCCAGCUGGGCAGUGCCCACUUCUGGGGCAUGAUGACACUGGGAGGAUUGUUUGGUUUUGCCAUUGGCUACGUGACAGGCCUGCAGAUCAAGUUCACCAGUCCCCUGACCCACAACGUGUCGGGCACGGCCAAGGCCUGCGCCCAGACGGUGCUGGCUGUGCUGUACUACGAGGAGACCAAGAGCUUCCUCUGGUGGACAAGCAACCUGAUGGUGCUCGGGGGCUCCUCCGCCUACACCUGGGUCAGGGGCUGGGAGAUGAAGAAGGUCCAGGAGGAGCCCAGCCCCAAGGAGGAGGAGAAGAGCAGCAUGAGGGUGUGAGCUCCUGCCAGGGCCUCGGGAUGGCCUGUCCCAGGAGAACGCCCCUGAAAGCCGGAAGACCUCUCUUACCCAGAGCGGACAGCCCCCAGGGGCUAUGAUUACGAACCAAUGGGAGUUAGAUGGUCAAAUGGAACCAGUGUUUCAAGCGAUGUCAGAAUGUUGCCAAUCCUCCCUGGAUCCGUUUUUUUAACUGGGGGUUUUGUGCUCCCCUAGAGAGGAAGGACCCCUGUGGGGAGAGCACACUAGCCCUUGGGGAGCAGCACAGUGAUGCACCCCUUCCUGCCCCCCUCCCAGGGCCUUUUCCCUGCACAUGUCCACAACCUUUAUGGAGCAGUGUGGCAAAGUGCUCAGGGACAUGAGGCUGUGAUCCCGCCACGGGCCCAACGAAGGCAGUUGGGAAACCUCAGGUGUCCAAGUUCCAGGGAGGCAGCACAGCUUUGGCCCCACUAACCCAGCUUCCUUGAGAGGGGAGUGGGGGCUGGGCUGAGGGGGAAGGGGCCAGUAUUCCCUCUUCUCUGCAGAGACCACCAGGCCCUGCAAAAGGGGGCCAAGGAUCAGUUGUGCCCAUUCCUGGCCCUGGCACCUCCAGAGACCACUGGGAAGUGGCCCUGGAAUGGGGUGCAUCAUGGGAGACUGCCCUUUCCCACCACCUGCACCCCAUGUUUCCGGCUCCUGAACAUGGGAACUGCAGACCUUCCACUGUGAGGCAGGGUCCUGAGCACGCUCCCCAGUCCGGAAACAGGCUCAGCUGCCUGGCUCAGCCAACAGAGUGCGGCCCGGGGCCACUUCUGCUUCUCCAGCUCUGCCUCCCCCAGAGCUUCUCCCCUGGGGGCCUGAUGGAGCCUCUUCCCUGGGUCAGUGGACAGUUGUGAUUUUCCCUGAGGACGGGGCUGGCAGAGCCCUUUUGUCCCCUCACUGUCCUCCUGGGCCUUCGGGCAGCUUUGGUCCUGUCCCUUCUGUUGGGCAUUUUGUUCCACCAUCUCCCCUGGGGUGACUUCCGGUGGGUUUGGUCCCUAUAGGGGACUGGAGGGAGAGGGCAUCUUCUCACCACCCCCUCCUCCAGGCCCCCCACAAUCCCAGGUGGUUUCAACUGAUGUUGGUGGGGCCUGAUCCCCUGAAUUGUAUGUGACUUAAUUAAAACCCGAGUCAGGAAUCCUGUGUGUUGGGGAGAGUGGGAUGAGUGCGGGAAGGUACC